AUGCCGCGAUCAAAAGGAACCUUGACUGAAUCCAAUCGGGGUGCGCUCAGCGCGUCGAAGCCAUCUUCCAACGCGGCGUUGAUGGAGAAAAGCCUUCCAAACGAAGACGCGGGAAGCUUUCCAGCAAAAAACCACUCUGGUAUGAAGAGGAAGAGGGAGGAGCGAGCUUUGGAGAAGAGUGUACCGAUCUCUGGAUCCAAAAAGAAAAGAGCACGAGACACGACAAAGAUGAAGGAAGGAAGCCGCUUCGCAACUAAGGAUAACAGCAAACUGCAAGCCUUACUUUCCGAUCGAGGUCUGUCGACCAAGGGCACGAGAAAGGAUUGGAUAAAGCGGCUGGAAAGCUCUACUAUGGACCACGCAUCUCUCUCCACCAAUAAGUUGGGCCAGAUGAUGCAACAACGAAAGAUGCAAGCCGCUACGUCAUACUCGAGGGCCAACAGGAUCGAAAGACUGAAACUCAAUGAUGAAUACUAUCGUGACACUGGAAAACCUUACGACCUCUUGCUGGAGUACGCCAAUCAAGAUGAAACACUGGAUGAUCCAAACGCGAGGGAAAAGCUUUGUGGCAUGCAGUAUCUAUACGAGCACGAGGAGGUUCUUGAAACGAAAUGCGUCGAGAGGAAGAUGGUGGGUUCCGGUCCUAAAUCUGCCAUGGUCAAAUUUCUUGAUACUGGGGUAGUUGAGUAUGGAGACCUGUAUGCUGAAAGUCUGCAAAAGAUGUGCAAGGAACGUGGUAUCCAUUCAAGAACAAAAUCACCAAGAAGAGUGCUCUUGUGA